AUGAGAUUGCCCGGAUGGGGAAGUCCACUAUUUUGGAGAGCUUGGUGCGAUUUUGUGAUGCCGUGGAAACUCUGUACAACCAGGGACUACAUGCGCAGACCUACGCCCAGGGAUCUGCAACGGCUUUUACAAAAAUCUGAGUCUCAUGGAUUUCUUGGAAUGAUUGGUAGCAUUGACUGCAUGCACUGGCAGUGGAAAAAUUGUCCAACUGCUUGGCAAGGGGAUUAUGACAAUAAGAAAGGACAGAAAAGCAUCAUUCUUGAAGCAGUUGCUGGUUUUGAUACAUGGGUUUGGCACGCCUUCUUUGGAGUUGCCGGCUCUCAAAACGAUUUGAACGUCCUGAGUCAAUCCCCGGUGUUCAAUGAUGUUCUGAGAGGUGAAUGCCCAAAUAUCACAUAUCAAAUCAAUAAUACCGUAUACCAGAACGGGUAUUAUCUAGUUGAUGAUAUCUACCCAACGUGGACAACGGGCGUGGCCCGUCUAUUUGACGAGGAUGUGCUUAGGAGUAUAAUGAUGACUUGUAUCAUCCUCCACAACAUGAUUGUGGAAGAUGAGUAUGAUUACGAUGCUGAUGAAGUGUAUGAACCAGAUCCCAUGAACACGGUCUUAACACGAAUUUAUGAAAAACCCAUAGGGCCAAAUGGAGAACCAGAGUAG